UAUUAUCCGAGAGCAAUUUGGCCUCAAGGCAAGUCACGGUAAAGUUUAAACGCAGUGUCCUUUUAAUUAGGCUAACAACCAUCUGACAACAAUCACUCUUCCAUCAACUUGUGCUACCGACCAAUGAUUAAAACAUUAGUACUUGAGAUCGACGCAUCGUUACUCAUUUUCAUUUCAUUAUCAAAAUGUACUCUUGGGUGAUCAUUUUUAUUAAAAUUCACAUCUUGUGUUUUGUGUUCGGUGUUGAAGAAUUUGGAAAUGAACCUUUAACCGCGUCUUCAGCCUAUAGUAUUCAUCACGCGUAUCCUCACGCAUAUCCUCACGCUUCGUAUUAUUAUGGGUAUCCAACCAUCGUAAAUCCAGGCUUGCUGGCCAUAGCAGAUUUAAAAGGCUCGGGAGAAGUAACAGGUACUGUUGUCUUUUUUCAACCUAGACCUCCAGAAGGUCCAGUCUUCGUGACCGGAAACAUCACCGGGUUACCAAAAGGAUUACAUGGUUUUCAUAUACAUCGAGAUGGAGAUAUCAGAAACGGCUGCGAUUCCAUGGGACCUCAUUUCAAUCCUUUCUUGUUACAACAUGGUGGACCUAGAGAUCCUCACCGACACGCAGGGGAUCUCGGAAACGUGGAAGCUGGAGAAGACGGUCCUGUUAAAAUACAACUUGUAGACGAAUUGAUAUCUCUAACCGGACCAUUGAAUAUAGCCGGUCGUGGUAUCGUUGUACAUGAAAAAGAAGACGAUUUAGGACGAGGAGGAAAUCCAGAAAGCUUAAAAACGGGAAAUGCAGGAUCCAGAUUGGCAUGUGGUGUUAUUGGGUACGCUUCUCUUGAGACUGAACCGAUUACAGUCGAUUCUGCGUCGCUUAUUAUUCCAAAAUAAUCGACCGUUAAUUGUUUUGGGUUUGGAGCUUUUGCAAAGACUUAACCAUUUCAAUGCAUCUAAUUCGGAACAGGGUGUUUAAAAAGUACAUAUGAAUGACGUACCUAUUUUUACUCUGAUGAUAACGAGUUUAGUCUUUGAUCAUCCUAAAAGCUUCAAAGUCUUCUGGUUUUUUAAAAAUUAGCUGUUUGAUGAUGUCAUCAUUUUUUUUUUAGUACAUACUGUUUUAUACUUUACCUUUUUUUUGUUGUUUUUUUGUAUUUGUAUAUUUUACUCGCGAAUUAGAAAAUAAAAUGAUUUUGUGGCUUCUA